AUGUAAAAAAAAAAAUUUUAUAAUAUAUAUAUAUAUAUAUAUAUAUAUAUAUAUAUAAUUAUAUAUAUAUAUAUAUUAUAAAACAUUUUAAUUUUUUUUUUUCAACAUAAUAAUUAAUUUUUGUUAUAAAUUUUUUAUUAAUAAUCUUUUUUUAUAAUAUCAUAAUAAACUUUAUUAGCUUUAUUAUUUUUCUUAUAAAGGGUUUAUUCUACAAACUGGACAUUUAGCUUAUUUAAUAAGCCAUUUAUCUAUACAAGUUUAAUUAAAAUAAUGUUAACAUUAUAAAGUUCUCAAUUUUUAUUGUUUUUAAAAAUCUUCUAAACAAAUAGCACAUGUAUCAUUUUCUAAUUCUAAUUAAUAUUUACUUAAUCCAUUAAUUUAAAUAAAUUAUUAUUAUUUGAUUCCUUAUUCUUCUAUAUUUAAUUAUUAAUUUCCUUCUCUUAAGUUAUACAAUAUAGUAAUUAAUAAAUCUAUAGGCCUACUUCCUUAUUACAAAUUCUCUAUUUACAUUUCAUUUAUUAUUGCAAAUUAAUUUUAUUAUCUUAAAACUUGUAUAUUUUAACUAAUUAUAAUUACUCUUCUAUAUAUUAGAAUAAUUACAUAAGAAAGUAUAACACACAUUAUAAUCGAAAAAGGAUUUUUUUCAAAAAACAUAUUAUUAAUAAAAACGAAACAAAAAAUUGA